ACCCCUCCUCCUCCCGCUCUUCCCUCCAGUGCUCGCAGACUUGCCAGGGCUCUGUCCAGGCUGCGGGGUGGAUGGCUCAAGCCCUUUCCUUCCCAAGCUGUACACAAUGAUGAGCGAGGAUGCAGCUCAGAAAAGCGACAGUGGAGAGAAGUUCAAUGGCAGCAGCCAGAGAAGGAAAAGACCCAAGAAGUCUGAUAGCAAUGCAAGCUUUCUUCGAGCUGCCAGAGCGGGCAAUCUGGACAAAGUUGUGGAAUAUCUGAAAGGGGGCAUUGACAUCAAUACCUGCAACCAGAAUGGACUCAAUGCGCUCCAUCUGGCGGCCAAGGAAGGCCACGUGGGCCUGGUGCAGGAGCUACUGGGAAGAGGCUCUGCUGUGGAUUCUGCCACCAAGCAGAAAGGCAAUACUGCCCUUCAUAUAGCAUCCUUGGCUGGGCAAGCAGAAGUUGUCAAAAUCCUUGUUAAGGAAGGAGCCAAUAUUAAUGCACAGUCUCAGAAUGGCUUCACUCCUUUAUACAUGGCAGCCCAGGAGAACCACAUCGAUGUUGUAAAAUAUUUGCUGGAGAAUGGUGCUAAUCAGAGCACUGCUACUGAGGAUGGCUUCACGCCUCUUGCUGUGGCACUCCAGCAAGGACAUAACCAGGCAGUGGCCAUCCUCCUGGAGAAUGACACCAAAGGCAAAGUAAGGCUGCCAGCCCUGCACAUUGCAGCUCGGAAAGAUGACACCAAAUCUGCAGCGCUCCUGCUUCAGAAUGAUCACAACGCAGACGUCCAAUCAAAGAUGAUGGUGAAUAGGACGACCGAGAGUGGCUUCACCCCUUUGCACAUAGCUGCGCACUACGGAAACGUCAACGUGGCUACCCUUCUCCUCAACCGGGGAGCUGCUGUGGACUUCACAGCCAGGAAUGGAAUCACUCCUCUGCAUGUGGCUUCGAAAAGGGGCAACACAAACAUGGUGAAGCUCUUACUGGAUCGGGGUGGUCAGAUUGAUGCCAAGACCAGGGAUGGGUUGACACCACUUCACUGUGCUGCGCGAAGUGGGCAUGACCAGGUGGUGGAGCUCCUGUUGGAACGGGGUGCUCCCCUAUUGGCAAGGACUAAGAAUGGGCUGUCCCCGCUCCACAUGGCUGCACAGGGAGACCACGUGGAGUGUGUGAAGCACCUGCUGCAGCACAAGGCACCUGUCGACGAUGUCACCUUGGACUACCUGACGGCCCUCCACGUUGCUGCACACUGUGGCCACUACCGCGUCACCAAACUCCUUCUGGACAAGAGAGCCAAUCCAAAUGCGAGAGCCCUGAACGGUUUUACUCCACUGCACAUUGCCUGCAAGAAAAACCGCAUCAAAGUCAUGGAACUGCUGGUGAAAUAUGGGGCUUCAAUCCAAGCUAUCACAGAGUCUGGCCUCACACCAAUACAUGUGGCUGCCUUCAUGGGCCACUUGAACAUUGUCCUCCUUCUGCUGCAGAACGGAGCCUCUCCAGAUGUCACUAACAUUCGUGGGGAGACAGCCCUGCAUAUGGCAGCCCGGGCUGGCCAGGUGGAAGUGGUCCGGUGCCUCCUGAGAAAUGGCGCUCUUGUUGAUGCCAGAGCCAGGGAGGAACAGACACCUUUACAUAUUGCCUCCCGCCUGGGCAAGACAGAAAUUGUUCAGCUGCUUCUCCAGCACAUGGCUCAUCCGGAUGCGGCCACCACCAAUGGGUACACACCGCUGCACAUCUCUGCCCGGGAAGGCCAGGUCGAUGUGGCAUCAGUGCUCUUGGAAGCAGGAGCUGCGCACUCCUUAGCCACCAAGAAGGGUUUUACCCCUCUGCAUGUAGCAGCCAAGUACGGAAGCCUGGAUGUGGCAAAACUUCUCUUGCAACGCCGCGCUGCCGCAGACUCUGCAGGGAAGAAUGGCCUUACCCCGCUCCAUGUUGCUGCUCACUAUGACAACCAGAAGGUGGCGCUGCUGUUACUGGAGAAGGGUGCUUCCCCUCACGCCACUGCCAAGAACGGUUACACUCCUCUCCAUAUUGCUGCCAAGAAGAACCAGAUGCACAUCGCAUCCACACUGCUCAGCUAUGGAGCUGAGACCAACAUUGUGACAAGGCAAGGCGUAACUCCACUUCACCUGGCCUCACAAGAGGGGCACAUGGACAUGGUCACCUUGCUGCUGGACAAGGGAGCCAACAUCCACAUGUCAACCAAGAGUGGACUCACAUCCUUACACCUUGCAGCCCAAGAAGAUAAAGUCAGUGUUGCUGAUAUUCUCACCAAGCACGGGGCUGACCAGGAUGCGCAUACGAAGCUUGGUUACACUCCUUUAAUUGUGGCCUGUCACUAUGGAAAUGUGAAAAUGGUCAACUUUCUGCUGAAGCAGGGAGCCAAUGUUAAUGCAAAAACCAAGAAUGGCUACACGCCUUUGCACCAGGCUGCCCAGCAGGGCCACACGCACAUCAUCAACAUCCUGCUGCAGCAUGGAGCCAAGCCCAACGCCACCACUGCAAAUGGUAACACCGCCUUGGCCAUCGCAAAGCGUCUGGGCUACAUCUCCGUGGUCGACACGCUGAAGGUCGUGACUGAAGAGGUCACCACCACCACCACGACUGUCACGGAGAAACACAAGCUAAAUGUUCCCGAGACGAUGACUGAGGUUCUUGAUGUUUCUGAUGAAGAGGCCUUUAAACAGUUUGGUGACCACUUUAUUGAUGGGGAAGUACUUAGCGAUUCAGGGGAUGACACAAUGACCGGUGAUGGGGGAGAAUACCUUAGACCUGAGGAUCUCAAGGAACUGGGCGAUGACUCACUACCCAGCAGUCAGUUCCUGGAUGGCAUGAAUUACCUGCGGUACAGCUUGGAGGGAGGACGGAGUGACAGUACCAUGCCCAGCCUCCGGUCCUUCAGUUCUGACAGGUCUCACACCCUGAGCCAUACAUCCUACCUGAGAGACAGCGCCAUGGUGGACGAUGCCAUUGUCAUCCCCAGUCACCAGGUAUCAACUCUAGCCAAGGAGGCAGAAAGAAAUUCUUAUCGUCUCAGCUGGGGCACUGAGAACUUGGACAACGUGGCUCUUUCUUCCAGCCCUAUUCAUUCAGGCCGCACCUCUCCAUAUCUUGAUCGUGACAACAGCAGUUUCCUGGUUAGUUUUAUGGUGGAUGCCCGAGGUGGUGCUAUGCGAGGGUGCAGACACAACGGGCUUCGAAUCAUUAUUCCACCUCGGAAAUGCACAGCGCCCACGCGAGUCACCUGCCGACUGGUCAAGCGCCAUCGACUGGCGACAAUGCCCCCAAUGGUGGAAGGAGAAGGCCUGGCCAGUCGCCUGAUCGAAGUCGGACCUUCUGGUGCUCAGUUCCUUGGUAAACUUCACCUGCCAACGGCUCCUCCCCCACUUAAUGAGGGAGAAAGUUUGGUCAGCCGCAUCCUUCAGCUGGGGCCUCCUGGAACCAAAUUCCUUGGGCCUGUGAUCGUGGAGAUCCCCCACUUUGCCGCCCUCCGAGGAAAGGAAAGGGAGCUGGUGGUCCUGCGCAGCGAGAACGGCGACAGCUGGAAGGAGCAUUUCUGCGAAUACACUGAAGACGAGCUGAAUGAAAUCCUGAAUGGCAUGGACGAAGUGUUGGACAGCCCAGAAGACCUGGAAAAGAAACGAAUCUGCCGCAUCAUCACCCGUGACUUCCCACAGUACUUUGCAGUGGUGUCUCGCAUCAAACAGGACAGCAACCUGAUUGGCCCAGAGGGCGGCGUGCUGAGCAGCACCGUGGUCCCCCAGGUGCAGGCUGUGUUCCCAGAGGGUGCACUGACCAAGCGGAUCCGUGUAGGCCUGCAGGCCCAACCUAUGCCCAGUGAGCUGGUUAAGAAGAUCCUAGGCAACAAAGCUACCUUUAGCCCUAUAGUCACUUUGGAACCUAGAAGAAGAAAAUUCCACAAGCCAAUUACCAUGACCAUUCCUGUCCCCAAAGCUUCAAGUGAUGUCAUGUUAAAUGGCUUUGGGGGAGAUGCACCAACCUUAAGAUUACUAUGCAGCAUAACAGGCGGCACCACCCCUGCGCAGUGGGAAGACAUCACAGGAACCACACCACUCACCUUUGUCAAUGAAUGUGUUUCCUUUACAACCAACGUGUCUGCCAGGUUCUGGCUGAUAGAUUGUCGACAGAUUCAGGAAUCUGUUGCCUUUGCAUCACAAGUAUAUAGAGAAAUUAUUUGUGUACCUUACAUGGCCAAAUUUGUAGUGUUUGCCAAAUCCCAUGACCCCAUCGAAGCCAGGCUGAGAUGUUUCUGCAUGACUGAUGACAAAGUGGAUAAGACCCUGGAGCAACAAGAAAACUUUGCUGAGGUGGCCAGAAGCAGGGAUGUAGAGGUAUUAGAAGGAAAACCCAUCUAUGUUGAUUGUUUUGGUAACCUUGUGCCCUUAACUAAGAGUGGCCAACAUCAUAUCUUCAGUUUUUUUGCCUUUAAAGAAAACAGACUUCCUCUCUUUGUUAAGGUCCGUGAUACAACUCAGGAACCUUGCGGUCGACUAUCAUUUAUGAAGGAGCCAAAAUCCACAAGGGGCCUGGUGCAUCAAGCUAUUUGCAACUUAAACAUUACCCUGCCAAUUUAUACAAAGGAAUCAGAGUCAGAUCAAGAGCAGGAAGAAGAGAUCGAUAUGACAUCAGAAAAAAAUGAUGAGACAGAAUCUACAGAAACAUCUGUCCUGAAAAGUCACCUGGUUAAUGAAGUUCCUGUCCUAGCAAGUCCGGACUUGCUCUCUGAAGUUUCUGAGAUGAAACAAGACUUGAUCAAAAUGACCGCCAUCUUGACCACAGAUGUGUCUGAUAAGGCAGGUUCCCUGAAAGUGAAGGAGCUGGUGAAGGUCGCUGAGGAAGAGCCAGGAGAGCCCUUUGAGAUCGUUGAAAGAGUUAAAGAGGACUUAGAGAAGGUGAAUGAGAUCCUGAGAAGUGGAACAUGCACAAGGGACAAAGGCAGCCAGCAGCGCUCUCAGGCCGAGAGAGAAGUAGAGGAAGAGGAGUGGGUUCUUGUUAGUGAGGAGGACGUAGCGGAGGCUAAGGAGGAAGCACCUUUAGAAAUCUUAGAAUUUCCAUGUGUAGAAGUUAGACUAGAGAAAGAGACCAAAGUCAAAGCAGAGAAAGACUCAGCUGGACUCGUGAACUUCCUGGCUGAGGACCUCAAUGCUUAUGUGGCUCCUCAGGAAGAGAAGGCUGGGGAGGCCGGUGAGGCACCAGCUGCUAGUAGGAGCUCUGGGAAGGCGGGGAAGAUUGCACCCCAAGAGGAGAAACUCAGCACUCAGAAGCAGCACAGACCAAGCCUGGGGAUAAAGAAGCCAGUGAGGAAGAAAUUAAAAGAAAAGCAGAAACAAAAAGAGGAAGUUUUAACAGGGAGUGAAGAAAAAACAGAACUCAAAAAAGGUAGUUCUGAAGAGUCAUUAAAUGAAGACCCAGGUCUGGCCCCUGCUCCUCUUCCCACUGCAAAGGCCACCUCUCCUCUCAUAGAAGAGACUCCCAUUGGCUCCAUAAAGGACAAAGUGAAGGCCCUCCAGAAGCGAGUGGAAGAUGAGCAGAAAGGGCGAAGCAAGUUGCCCAUCAGAGUCAAAGGCAAAGAAGACAUGCCCAAAAAGGCCACUCCCAGGACGCAUCCAGUAGUGUCGCCCUUGCUGAGGUCAGACAGGCAUGCUCCAGCAUCGCCAUCCUCUAAAACAGAAAGACACUCUUCCCUUUCCUCCACUGCAAAAACAGAAAGGCACCCUCCAGUGUCACCAUCAGGUAAAACUGAGAAACACUCACCUGUGUCGCCCUCUUCGAAAACUGGAAGACACUCACCUGUAUUGAUAGCAAGUAAACCAGAGAAGCACUCACCUGUGUCACCUUCGACCAAAACUGAAAGACACUCCCCUGUGUCAUCUACAAAAUCAGAACGACACCUACCUGUUUCGUCUUCGGUCAAAACCGACAAACGCCCACCCAUUUCACCUUCUGGGAGAACCGAGAAACAUCCUCCACUGUCACCUGGGAGGACAGAAAAGCGUUUGCCUGUUUCACCCUCUGGAAGAGCAGAGAAGCAUCCACUUACCGGGAAAAACGACAAAUACCUGCCUGUGUCACCAACUGGGAAAACAGAGAAGCAACCGCCUGUGUCCCCCACUUCUAAAACAGAGAGAAUUGAGGAAACCAUGUCUGUCCGGGAGUUGAUGAAAGCUUUCCAAUCAGGUCAGGACCCAUCAAAACAUAAAACUGGGCUCUUUGAGCACAAAUCAGCAAAACAAAAGCAGACACAAGAAAAAGGUAAAACUCGGGUAGAAAAAGAAAAGGGGCAGAUAGCCAGCCAGAGAGAAAUGCAGAGAACAGAGAGUCAGACCAUCAGACGAGGCCAGAGAUUCAUAGUGACAGGGCUUGCAGAAUCCAGAAGAGGUGUCCGUGCCCCCUCCAUAGGGUUUAGGAAAGAAGAGGCAGUUGGAGAGAAGGAGAAAACUCCCAGCCACAAAACCCCAGAGCCUGCUCAGUCAGUGUAUGAAGAAGAAAGCCAUGGAGAGAGAGAAAUCCCCAAGGAAAAGGUGGCUGACGAACAGGAAGACAUGGAUCUGCAGAUCAGCCCAGACAGGAAAACCUCCACAGACUUUUCUGACGUCAUUAAACAAGAGUUAGAAGACAAUGACAAAUACCAACAAUUUUGCCUGAGUGAAGAGACAGAGAAGGCACAGGUUCACCUAGACCAAGUCCUCACCAGCCCUUUCAGUACAGCCUUCCCACUAGAUUAUAUGAAGGAUGAGUUCCUCCCCGUUUUGUCCCUCCAGAGCAGUGCUCUGGCUGACAGUUCUGAAAGCCUAAAGCAGGAAGGGAUAGCAGGCUCACCAUGUGGCAGCCUGAUGGAGGGAACCCCACAGAUUAGUUCAGAAGAAAGCUACAAGCAUGAGGGCCUUGCCGAGACUCCCGAGACCAGCCCAGAAAGCCUUUCUUUCUCACCAAAGAAAAGUGAGGAGCAAAUUGGGGAAAUAAAGGAAACCACCAAAUUAGAAACACCCCCAGAAAUUCAUUCAGAAAAAGAACCUCCUACAACCAAAGACAUCAUUGAUGGUUCUGAAGAUCAAGGUGUUGCAGUCCCUGAGGGCCCAGAGCCCUCUGCUGAGGCUUUUCAGAAGGAUGCCUCCCCAGACUCUCCCAGAGACAUAUGCCCCAAACAAAAAGAUGAUUGCUCUGGCAGCCCUAUCGUGCCAUUAGCAGAAGAAACCUCUAGGACACUGGCUGAGAAAGUGUGCUCUGACGGAGGUCAGCUUACACUUGCUAGUUCAGCUUUUAGGACACAAACUGAUAGUGAAACUCAGGAAAGCACAGCCACCCCAGAUGUGGCAAAGCCUUCAACCCUGCCUGAUGCUUCUGUGAAGACAGACCCAGAAACCAAGCCCAAGCCCCAUGCAGCCAUUAGGAGCCCCCAAGCAUUAGAGCUUGCACUCCCCAGCCGAGACAGUGAGGCCCUCAGCCCCGCGGCUGACGAGUCAUUGGCAGUGAGCCACAGAGACUCUCUGGAAGCCAGCCCCGUGCUAGAAGACGAUUCCUCACACAAAACUCCUGACUCUCUGGAACCAAGUCCCCUGAAAGAAUCUCCUUGCCGGGACUCUCUUGAAAGCAGCCCUGUUGAACCAAAGAUGAAGGCAGGAAUUCUCUCAAAUCACUUUGCUCUUCCUGCCACUGUAGCCAAAACAGAACUCAUUACAGAAGUGGCCUCCAUGCGGUCCCGGCUACUCCGAGAUCCUGAUGGCAGUGCUGAGGACGAUAGUCUUGAGCAGACGUCACUGAUGGAGAGCUCAGGGAAGAGCCCCCUUUCCCCUGACACUCCCAGCUCUGAAGAAGUCAGCUAUGAGGUCACACCCAAAGCUUCAGAGGCAUGUACCCCCAAACCAGCUGUGAUUCAGGAAUGUACAGAGGAGGAUGACUCCGAAAAUGGGGAGAAAAAGAGGUUCACACCUGAAGAGGAAAUGUUCAAAAUGGUAACCAAAAUUAAAAUGUUUGAUGAACUUGAACAAGAAGCAAAGCAGAAAAGGGACUACAGAAAAGAACCCAAGCAAGAGGAGUCUUCAUCAUCCUCUGACCCAGAGGCUGACUGCUCAGCAGAUGUAGAUGAACUGAAACAGAUGAAGAGUGUGGAGGGUAAAAGUGAUGUUCCCAUGUUGGUAACUUCCGAGAGCAGAAAGGCUUCUUCCUCCUCAGAAAGUGAACCUGAAUUGACUCAGCUGAAGAAAGGUGCUGACUCAGGCCUCUUACCCGAACCAGUUAUUCAAGUGCAACCUCCUUCCCCACUUCCAUCCAGCAUAGACUCUAAUUCUAGCCCAGAAGAAGCACACUUUCAGCCUAUAGUUUCCAAACAAUAUACUUUCAAGAUGAGUGAAGAUACUCAGGAAGAGCUAGGUAAUUCAGAAGAAGGAAAAGCCAGUGAAUCCCAUUCAGCUGAAGACAGUCAUCCUUUUUCCACUGAUGAAGCAGAUAAGUCCUACAAUGAUCUAAACAAAGACACCAAUCAACUAAAAAUCUGUGAUGGCCAUGGGUGUGAGGCCAUGAGUCCUAGCAGCUCAGCCUCUCCUGUCUCUUCAGGUUUCCAGAAGUCAGCUGAUGAUGUCAAUGAGCAGCUCGUCAACCAUAAGGAAUCAUUAGCUUCCCAGGACACUCAUGAAAAUGACACAGAAGGAGAAGAGCUCGAUAUUUCUGGAGUGGAAUCUCCACAAGUAAGUUGCCCCAGUGAAAGUCCUUCUUCUUUGUCCUCUUUCACUCAUUGUCCAGUAUCUGAAGAAAAGGAAUUAGAUGGUGAUAUAUCUUCUACUACAAAAAUAGAGGAAACCAACAGUGACCCAACUUUGGAGAGCUCACCAAAGGACUGUUUCAUACAAGACUCAUGUAUUAUAACUCAAACAAAUAGGUUGUCCAUGGACAUUCCAGAGUCACACCUAGUGGAGACUAAUGAAAUCUAUGAUCCUCAUAUCACAAGCCCUUAUGAAAAUGUUCCUUCUCAACCUUUUUUCUCUAGUGAAGAAGGCAAAACCCAAAUAGAUGCCAGUCACACCAUGAGUUUUCACUCUUCUGAAGUGCAUUCUGUUACCAUCACAUCCUCUGUAGCAGAGGUAGUAGUAACAAGCUCCUCUAGUAGAACUGUUUCAAGCAAAGAAUCUAAUUUUGAGAGUGAGAACCUUCAAGCAGAAUCCAAACCAGAAAGUACAGUGUGGGGAAUGCAGUCAGACAGCUCCUUCUCCUCUCCCCAGCCUACUAUAGCAAAUACACCAACAAUCAUUGGGGAACAAAUAAGCAAAGUUAUCAUCACAAAAACAGAUGUGGAUUCAGAUUCCUGGAGUGAAAUUCGUGAAGAUGAUGAAGCCUUUGAGGCUCGGGUGAAAGAAGAAGAGCAGAAGAUAUUUGGCUUGAUGGUAGACAGACAGUCACAGGGUACCACCCCUGAUACCACACCUGCUAGGACUCCAACGGAAGAGGGGACCCCAACAAGUGAGCAAAAUCCAUUUCUCUUUCAGGAAGGAAAACUGUUUGAGAUGACCCGCAGUGGUGCCAUUGAUAUGACCAAAAGAUCCUAUGCAGAUGAAAGCUUUCACUUUUUUCAAAUUGAUCAAGAAUCCAGGGAAGAGACUUUCUCUGAAGACAUGAAGGCAGGGACGACAGGAGCUGAGCCACAACUGGAGACAACAGCUGAGUCACUAGCACCUUCAGAAUCAAAAGAAAUGGCGGAUGAUGAAGCAGAAUUACUUCCAGAUGACCUAAGUGAGGAUAUAGAGGAAAUACCCACUUCAGAUACUCACCUUGAUGCUCAAGUGGGGAUUUCAGCUUCCUGUGAAACAUCUACACUAGAGGCUACUGCUACAGGGGCUGAGGACCUCCCCAUGCAAAUGCCUGACACACCUUCUCCAUCCAGUAGGAAGCAGGUACCUUGCCUUGACUCCCCAGAACCAGUUGUCCAAGUUCAGUUAGACUUUUCCACAGUCACCAGGUCUGUAUAUUCAGAUCGGGAUGAGCAGUCUCCUGAUUCUUCCCCGGAGGAAGUGAAGUCCGUGAUUGAAAUCCCCACUGCACCCAUGGAGAAUGUGUCUUCUACUGAAAGCAAAUCCAGAAUCCUCGGAAGGACUAUCCCCACUUCAUCUGUGACACAUCCAUCUGUAGAGGAUGAGUGUGCAUUUUCUGAAGAUUUUCCAUCCAGUCUGGAUGAGGAAAGUAAGGAGGAUGAUGCAAAACCGAAGUUCAAAAUCCCCAUCAAAGCACCCAUCCAAAGAGUAGAAGAGCAGCUCCCACUUCUAGACUCAUCUCUCCAUAAGAUAGGGGCACCUCAGGGACGGGAUGUGACGAGCAGAGCUCCAGACAAUAGAAGCAAAUCCGAAUCUGAUGCUAGUCCUUUGGACUCCAAGACCAAAUGGCCAGGGAAAGCCAGAAGUUACAUUGAGACAGAGGCAGAGAGCAGAGAGAGGGCAGAGGAACUUGAGUCAGAAUCAGAGGAAGGAGACACAAGACCAAAGAUAUUUGUAUCCCGAUUGCCAGUUAAGAGCAGAAGCACUACAUCUUCCUCCAAGGGGGCUGUGAGCCCCACAAAAGAAAGUAAGGAGCAUUUCUUUGACCUUUACAGAAACUCCAUAGAAUUCUUUGAGGAAAUUAGUGAUGAGGCUUCCAAGCUAGUGGAUAGACUUACACUGUCGGAAAGAGAACAGGAAUUAGCUUCAGAUGAUGAAAGUAGUAGUGCCCUGGAAGUUUCAGUUAUUGAAAAUCUGCCAUCUGUUGAGACCGAGCACUCAGUUCCUGAGGACAUCUUUGACACAAGGCCCAUUUGGGAUGAGUCCAUUGAGACUCUGAUUGAACGCAUCCCUGAUGAAAAUGGCCAUGACCAUGCUGAAGAUCCACAGGAUGAGCAAGAGCAGAUCGAGGAGAGGCUGGCUUAUGUUGCUGAUCACCUGGGCUUCAGCUGGACAGAGUUAGCAAGAGAACUGGACUUCACUGAGGAGCAAAUUCAUCAAAUUCGAAUCGAGAACCCCAACUCCCUUCAAGACCAGAGCCACGCACUAUUGAAGUACUGGCUGGAAAGGGAUGGGAAACAUGCUACAGAUACCAGCCUCAUCGAAUGUCUCACCAAGAUCAACCGAAUGGACAUCGUCCACCUCAUGGAGACCAGCACAGAGCCGCUCCAGGAGCGCCUCAGCCACAGCUACGCAGAGAUUGAGCAGACCAUUACGCUGGACCAUAGUGAAGGGUUCUCAGUACUUCAGGAGGAGCUCUGUACCACGCAGCACAAGCAGAGAGAGGAGCAAGCUGUUUCCCAAGAGGAUGGGGCUGGCGAUCACCCUCCCAUCGUCUCCGAGGAAGAUAUUUCUGUGGGUUACCCCACUUCCCAGGAUUAUGUCCCCCAAACUGAGGGGAACAGCUCAGCAGUGGCACUUUCUCCCCAGAUGCACCGGGAGCAAGUUCAACAAGAUUUCUCAGGGAAAAUACAGGACCUGCCUGAUGUUCAGCAGGAAUACUUAGUGACAACCCCAGGUACAGAAAAGACAGAAGUACAGAAGGCCGCAGCAGUGCCAGACUCUCCCAGCAAGACCCCCAAGGAGGUCAGGACCCUUCCUGGGGAGGAGAGGCUGGACCUCCAGUCUCCAGUGUCCAGUGAGUGGGGAGGCUCCCCCAUUGUGCAGGAACCCAAAGAGCCCCCUGAACCUAGGGGGGAAGGCUCCCCAGGGAAAACCAGCCUUGUGAUCCUGGAGGACCAGCCACACACCUUUGAGAGACUCGACGGAGAGGCAGCUUUUGAAAAGGAGCUAACAGAGGAAUUAGGGGAGCUGGAGGCCAGCUCCGAUGAGGAGGCGAUGGUAACUACCAGGGUUGUCCGCCGACGAGUGAUCAUCCAGGGAGAGGACAUGCCUGAGAUACCGCCAGAAAGUGUCACCGAAGAAGAAUACAUUGAUGAGCAUGGGCACACCGUGGUGAAGAAGGUUACCAGAAAAAUCAUCAGGCGGUACGUGUCCUCUGAUGGCACAGAGAAAGAAGAGAUCACGAUGCAAGGGACACCACAGCAGCCUGUGAACAUCGAAGGUGGAGACGGUUAUUCCAAAGUGAUAAAGCGUGUUGUACUGAAGAGUGACGCCGAGCAGUCAGAGGUGACUUUGUCUGAACCCAGCAUUCUGUCCAGUACCUCACAAUUUCAGGCUGAACCAGUAGAAGGCCGUAGAGUCAGCAAAGUUGUUAAAACCACUGUGGUCUGUGGAGAGAGGAUGGAGAAACAUCUGGGGGAUUCUAGUUUAGCCACUGACCUUCCUUCAGCCAAAGAUGACUUUGACGAGGCUUUGAGUUACACAGGUAGCCACAUGAAAGUCCACCUCCCCAGUUUAGUAGAGAAGGAAAUCCUGAAAGAGGAUGGAUCAAUAAUUAAAAGGUUUGGGUUAGCAUGGGAUGAUGCAUUGCCAACUAACACCAUAAAAAAAAUUCCCAUUCUAGGAAAAGAAAGACAGCCCUGACACAUGUAAAACUCUUCAGAAACUGCUGACCCCUGUAUCAUAAGGCUUUGAUCCAAUGGUAGCUUUGUUGGCAUGUCAUACUUGCAGUGUCCUGAUGGAUGGGGGUGUAAAAGAAAUGCUCGGGCACAGUGGCAGUGAGAUGACAGCUAACACAAUCGGACUCCCUGGGUCUUUGUAUGCCACCAAUGUAGAAGCCCACCAGCUGGGAACCCAUUGUGUUGGCAGACUGAAAGAGCAGAGAAGGAGGAGUCUAAUCCAUUGCUCAUGAAUUAACUUUGUGAGCAGCUACAGUCAGCUCCCUUUUAGCAAAUCAUUCCUUUGCAUGGUACAUGCUUUUUGUUUUUCACAAGCUGUUUCGUGGCUCUGCAUGUGAGUGGCAAGUAGCAUGAGCAUGGUUUUGAUGCCCAGGACCUGAAUAUACAUAGAGAGUAUGAAGCCAGGGGCUUUGGUAAAAUAAGAAACCAUUUAAAGCAGCUGCCAGCUCUCUUUCUCCAUACAGAAGCGGGGAGGCAGAGAUGUGCUUUGAGUUGCCCCUGCCUCCAUCAUGGGUUUGAGGUACCAAUAUGGGACCAUUCACAAGGUCUGCUUCCCCCUGGUCCUCUAGCAAUACUGUCAGAAUUGGCACUAAUAAAAUGCUCAGCUUCUCAGUGAAAGGCAUAAUGGUAAUCCGUCACUAUUGUGCUUUUCAUCUCAUUGAAAAGAAGAGAAAUAUUGUCAUUUAUAAUACUCUCCAGGCUAUUUUGUUUGUUUUGAGGGUUUUUUGGAACCGGGGAUCGACUCUCCAGGCUAUGUUAAGCCUCUAAAACAUAAUAAUUAGAACAGCAAAAUUAAAGGUUCUGUCACAUUUCGGCCUCCAAUCAAAUGUGAAAAACAGCAGCAGCUAUGAAUUUAAAAGAGUACAAUUGCUAUUUCAGAACUUUAAAAAAUGAGACAUGAAUUUAGUAUAAAAUGCUUUUUAUAUUCUGGACUUUUAAGUCUUGUUUCUAGUUAGUCAGGUGAAACUACACAAUCCCUGUGUGUUCUAACAUCACAGGACCAAUUUGGAGUAGAAUAGAUUUGGAGAUCAGUUAAUGCAAGGUUCUUUGUUAUAGCUGUUGAAUUUGAAGACAGUUUGAUUGCAUUCCCACAGUUAGUCUGUCAUGGAACUCGGUGAUGUGCCACACUGAAACUUAUACAUUGCCAAAGGCAUUUUAUCAUAUACAUGUUCACAUUCAUAAGCAUGCAUCUGCGUACAAGGGGUGAUCAAAACGUAUGGUGAAUAUUUAAAUUUUUUAAGUUAUUGCAGAAAAAGACACAUCACCAUAUUUCCUCUCUAAAUACCCACCCUCGCUUCAAACAUACUUAUUCCAUAAUGCAUGCCAUUUUCUGAAGCUGUUCUGGAAGUUUUCUUUCAUGAGUGUCUUUAUGAGGUGUGAUAAAAAAUACUGCGAAUGCUACUGCCAAGCACCAUCCAACAGAAACACAGGGUCAUAAAAACAUGAUGGUAUGUGCUCGUUCACCUUAUUUAUUGGAUCUAACAUUGUAUAACUUCUGGGUCUUCUUCGAAGUCAAAAUGACCAUCAAAGGGAACUGUUCAGAAUCAAGUCAGGAUAUCAAGGCAGCCCUGGCAGUGCAACUAAAGGCACUCACGGAAGAGGACUUCCAGAAUUGCUUCAGAAAGUGGCAAGAAUGAGGGGCUGUGCUUGAAGUGAGGGGAGUUUUUGAGGAAGACUCAUGGCAGCAUGUGUUCCAUUGUAGUACAUUUUUAAAAUUUAAGUAUGCACCGUAUUUUUCAACUAUCCUCAUAACCUACAGAAAAGACAGGAAAUGCCCUACAAUGGAGGCCCAUCCCCUGACUCCACUGCUAUAAGGCUUCUCCUAGCUCUUGGAAGAAAUAGUCAGAUAUCUGCCUUUUUAGGAGAAAAGAUAAUGGGUGUUGCAUAUGUAGAAAAAUGUAACCUGAUUUUCACCACUGGAAUCAUAUUUAACCAUUUCAUCGAAAGGAACCAAUUUAACUUGCCAAAGUAAUUCAUGUUAUAUCAAAGAAGAGUGAGAGAACAGGAGAGGAGGGAGAAGGGAACAAAACUGGGAGCAUUCAGGCUGAAGUGAGUCAUUUUUUUUAAAACUCAGGUUGAUCUUAAUGAAUACUUAGAGGUGUCAGGAGGUGGGCAGAACUUCUAGCUUCUGGACAUUAGGAAUCCAUAAGGAAAAUACUGAGCCAGUCUCCAGACACUGGUCAUGUCCUACAUCAGUUUCAGGGAUGAUGCAGGGCCCUGUGCUUAUGGAUUCUUGGCACCACUGCAUGCUAACACUUAUUUUUUUUUAAUUUGGGUAUUGCUUAAAUUCUUGUAAAAUUGAGUUUCCUUAUUUGUUAUAAUAAUUGUGCCUGGCACAUAAAACACAUUUAUCAAAUGUUUGUGGAAUGAGUAAUUAUAUUUACAAGGCAGACUGUAAGAAGAACGAAGAGUGAACAAACUAGGAUAUGAUUAUUUUCAAGUAGGGAUACAGGAAAUCAAUAGUAUGAAAUAUAGUUCUAAGUGAGAGCAUCUUGCCAGGCAUGGUGAUACACACCCGUAAUCUCAGCACUUCAGAGGCUGAGGCAGGAGGAUCACCAAGAGUUCGGGGCAGCAUGGACUGUGUAGUGAGUUCAAGUCCAGCCUGAACUCUGUCUCAAAAAGAAAUCAAUCAAUGAAUAAAGUUAUAGCAUCUUUUCUCAAGGAACCACCAGUCUGAUGAGGGAGGCAAGCAAACAAAAGGCUGUUAAAAGGCAGCAUGAUGCCCAGAAUGAGCAAAGUGUGGAGUACAGAGAAUGCCUUUGUCUCUCAGGGGUUUUCUUCUAUUUCUUCUUCCUCCUCCCCACCCAGAUGAAUCUUGAGGAGCCUCUUGGUCAUCGUCACUUUCCUGUGUAUGGUAGAAUAAUAUGUCACUUUGUAAAGAAAGUGCCUCCUGGAGAAGUUCUCCCAGAAUGUCACUCUGGGAAGCUUGGGUCAGGAGAUGACUCUAAGGAUGAAGUGGGCAACUAAGGUGGUGUAGAGUAAAUUCAAUUAUAUACUAUUCAUCUUUGCUUUUGAUGAAUCGGGGUCUUUGAGAUCAAUAAAACUUAAUUUAAAAAUGAAUGAUUAUAUGUGUUCUUUUUGAGAGAAUCAUAUUGAAACAUGGCUUCAUUUAUUUGAAACAUUUCUUAAAGGUUUUUAAAAAUUACUCCUUGUUCCAACAUACACUUUUUUGGGGGGGUGUACUGGAGAUUGAACCCAGGGCUUUCACACUGAGCUACAUGCUCAGGCCCUUUUUUUAUUUUGAGACAGUCUUGCUAAUUCUCUAAGUUGCCCAGGCUGGGCUCAAACUUGCAGUCCUCCUGCCUCAGCCUCCCAGAGUGCUUGCAGUACAAGCAUAUGCCACCAUACCCACCUCCAAAAUAUACUCUCAAAGUUUCAUAAAUCAUUUCAGUUAUGGUGGUCAUAAGAAAGAGAUGAACAGAUCCCUGUAGCUGUUAUACUGUUAGCUUGGUGUAGAACUAUUUAGAAGUAAGACAGGGAGGAUUUUAAGGUCACAGUUAACCUCACUUCUAGAGGCUGCCUUUUAGCAGUCAAGGAAGCAUAAUAUGUGGGCCGGGGAUUUAGCUCAGUGGUUUUGCCACCUGCUGCACAAGCGCAAGGACCCGAGUUCGAUCCCCGGUAUCAAAAAAAAAAAAAAAAAAGCAUAAUUCUCUCCUGUCCACUCUUCUU